GAUGAUUCCCUGCCCUUCCCCUCCCCCUGCGCUGCAGAGCCUCCUGAUGCUGCCGUACUCCUGCCAUGUGCUGCCGCCGUCGCUGCUGAGGCUCGUAGCUUAGCCGAGCGUGUCUCCGGCUGCAAACUCCGCCAAACAAACCUGCAUCCUCCUCCAGGGAAGGAUACCCAGAAGCGAUGAAAUUUCCAAUCGAGACUCCAAGAAAACAGGUGAACUGGGAUCCUCAAGUGGCUGUUCCCUCACCAGUGCCAGCUUGUGAACCUGAGCCCAAAACUAACGGGCAUAACCCAGCUCCACGACUCUCCAUUUCAUCCCGAGCCGCUGUUGUUGCUACCAUGGAAGCCCCUUCUCAAGGCCUGCAGACAGUCAUGAAGUGGAAAACAGUGGUGGCUGUCUUUGUCGUUGUCGUAGUUUACCUGGUGACAGGAGGACUUGUCUUCCGUGCCCUGGAGCAGCCAUUUGAAAGCAGGCAGAAGAACACGAUCGCGCUAGAGAAGGCUGACUUUCUUCGGGAGCAUGUUUGUGUAACUCAGCUAGAGCUGGAGACAUUGAUUCAGCAUGCUAUUGAUGCUGAUAAUGCAGGAGUCAGUCCCAUAGGAAAUUCCUCUAAAAACAGCAGUCAUUGGGACCUUGGAAGUGCCUUUUUCUUUGCUGGAACAGUCAUCACAACUAUAGGGUAUGGGAACAUGGCCCCAAGCACUGUUGGAGGCAAAGUUUUCUGCAUCUUGUAUGCCAUCUUUGGGAUUCCACUCUUUGGCUUCUUGCUGGCUGGGAUUGGAGACCAACUUGGAACCAUCUUUGGGAAGGGUAUUGCAAGGGUGGAAAAAGUUUUCAGAAAAAAGCAAGUGAGUCAAACAAAGAUCCGGGUGAUCUCUACCAUUGUCUUCAUCCUGGCAGGCUGCGUUGUCUUUGUGACCAUUCCUGCAGUUAUCUUCAAACACAUCGAGGGAUGGACAGCCUUGGAGUCCACCUACUUUGUGGUUGUCACUCUGACUACUGUUGGCUUCGGUGACUUUGUAGCAGGAGGAAAUUCUAACAUCCAUUACCGGGAGUGGUAUAAACCCUUAGUGUGGUUUUGGAUCCUUGUUGGCCUUGCCUAUUUUGCUGCUGUCCUGAGUAUGAUUGGAGACUGGCUAAGAGUCCUGUCCAAGAAGACAAAAGAAGAGGUUGGAGAAAUAAAAGCCCACGCAGCGGAGUGGAAAGCAAACAUGACGGCUGAGUUCAGAGAGACACGGAGGCGGCUGAGUGUGGAGAUCCAUGACAAACUUCAGCGGGCAGCCACCAUCCGGAGCAUGGAGCGCAGGCGCCUGGGCCUGGACCAGCGAGCCCACUCUUUAGACAUGCUCUCUCCAGAGAAGCGCUCUGUCUUUACUGCCUUGGAAGCAGGGCGCUUCAAAGCCUCAUCUCAGGAAAGCAUCAAUAACAGACCUAACAACCUGCGCCUUAAAGGGUCAGAUCAGCUCAACAAGCACGGGCAGGGAGCAUCUGAGGACAACAUCAUUAACAAGUUUGGAUCAUCUGCUAAAAUGAGCAAAAGGAAAAAUAAAGACCUCAAAAAGACUAUCCCUGAGGAUGUGCAUAAAAUUUAUGAGACCUUCCGAAACUACUCCUUGGAUGAAGAAAAAAAGGAAGAGGAGACAGAGAAGAUGUGUAAUUCUGAGAACUCUUCUAGCACUGCAGUCCUGACCAACUGCAUCCAGCAGCACUCAGACCUGGAGAAUGGAGUGAUCCCCAAUGAAACCAAAGAAAGGGAACACGAAAACAAAGUGUUACUUGAAGACAGAAAUUAAAUGUAAAAGAUGCUUGACUUAACAAUGUUAGUGGUUUUAUAUACAUAUAUAUAUUGAGACACGUGCCUUAUACAAACUCCUUGUUCAGUCUGAAUUAUAUAGCAUCAAAGAAUAUUUCACUGUGCCAUAAAGACUCAAGCUUGCUCUGCCAAAACAAAUCAGGAACACAGCACUGCAGAAUGGCAACAGAAAGCUACGCACAUGGAAAUUUCAGCCUGUAUAAAAUUACCAGGGUAAGACACAAAUGAAGGGAUAGAACCAUGGUAGUAUCACCAGAGUGCUUCUGCCAUGGUCUACUAUUAGACAAAGGGCAGCUACGUAAGAAGAGCCUUUCAAAGGGAUGAAAAAGUGUAUCUUUCUAAUGGAGUAUGCAUCCAUAAAACCUUCCCCUGGUGAUUGAAAAGAGGAGAAAUGAUCGGAGUGAACUAGAAACUCUCAGUAAGGCUUAGUUUACAUUUUGGCACGUGAUCCAAGCUAGAUUUCUAGAUUAACUUUUUUUUUUCCAUUUUUGAAACAGAUGCAUUAUCUUUCUAACCUCCAAAAGAAUGUCCAUGGACACAGCACCAGCUUGGUGCUGGUUUGAAAAAACAACACAGACACAUUUAAGGGUCGGAUUGCUCUUUUCAUUAACAACAAACAAACAAAAAACCCCAAAUAACUCUGCGGGUAUUUCUCAUAACCACUGACAAAAAAAAAAAAACAAAACAGGAAAGGAAACAAAUGGAUUUUUUUUUUCUCAUGUAAGAAAUACUCAAUGUAAUGUCACAGCAGGAAAUUUCAUAUGAAGAAAGUGCAACAUCUUGUGCUACGUUGCUUAAAAGAAGAGAAACAUUAAUGAUAUUUGGCUAGGUGUAAAAAACAGUGGUUCUUUUUUAAAAGAAUUUCUCAUUCAUACUUUCUACCACUGAAAAAAAAAAUAUUCAAUUUUAAUGCUGUAAGACUAUGAAGGCAGAAGGAAAGCUCUAGCUUUUGCAUGUCAGCAAACUGCUGUUCUCUGUAGCUGAUUCUGAAUUUUUAAAAAUAGACAUCAAGCAUAUACGUUAUCCACAUGAGGGCCAGGGCAACUACAGAAUCUCAGGGCUCUCUGCCCCUUUUGCUGGGUUUGGAUUUAGACAUAAGCUGAGUCACAAUCUCAGAAAAGAAAAAAGGGAAAAAGAAAAAAGAAAUUUAGGAAAAGAAGUUGAGAAAAAUACGGUGGUAAUCUUUUAAGUGCUCAUAGCUUUAAGUGCCAUUAAUGCUGUCAUAUUUUGUAACUUUUUAAACAAGUAUUUUGAAUUGUUUUAUUUCCUUUCAGGUACUACCUUUGUUUGACAUUUACUAUCUCUUUUCUUGAUAAAAUCUAAACAUGCGCUCCCUGCAUUUCUAGACUAAAGUGAAAUGUAACCAAACUGUGGGAAUUUAAAAAAAAUCCUGGACUGAUGGAUAUAAGAAAUGCAAAUGUCCCUAGACUUCACAGUGAAUACUCAAAGAAAAGGCUGCAAAGUAAUUAAUGGGAAUUGCAAAACUCACCUCAGUAGCCUCAGCCUGUCGGCUACUAUGUUUACCAUUGCAGAUAGAAGACUUUGCAUGCUGGAGAUGAGAUACACGUUUGUACCAAUGAUGCUCUCCCUGCGCCUUCACAAAAUCCUAACUAUUCCUGCAAUUCAAAUUGUAGGCUUAAAAAUAAAGUAAACAUGGAUGCAGAUGUCAGAGACAAACCAAUCCUUACAAGCUAGUCAAACAUACAGGCACUUUAGGUUAUACAGACACAGACUUUUGGAAUCGCCUGCCCAUGUCUAUGUACACAAAAAUGCAUGCUUCAUUUUCUGUGGUAGUGUCUGAGAUUUUGUGCACAAUGAGCCAACUCAAAAUCUAACUAGUCACCAGAAUACGUGUUUGCCAUGGCUAUGAAGAGAAGCAUGGCCGCCAUGCAAAUGCAAAUUUUGAGUAUACAUACUUGCAAAUCUAAUUGACUUUUAACUAUUCAUAGAAGUGAGCCAAAUUCUACUAGUGCAGUGGGAGAAAGAAGUUCUUAGUAUGUUCUGUCUGCUGGUUCACUUCCCUUGAAAUAUCAUCUUUCUAAUUUCAUUAUCUGUCAAAAAUUAAGGAUGAAAAAACAAGGUCUAAAAAAUCUCAGGUCAUUUGGGAUUGAUUUAACUCAAUAAAAUCCAACAGAAAUUGAAUUCUGCUUAGUUCACCAAUGAAUCUCUUAAGGUGAGGUGCUGUACUCUGGCUUUAGUUUACUUGAGGCAGGGCAGUAAGCCCAGUCCCAGGGAAAGUUUCAUCUGACUUGAGAGCUGCUGUGGGUCCUGGAAAUUUUUGUGCCAUGCAGCCCUGCGGCUUCACAAUGAUGCAGAUGGCAGCUUGUGACCAUUCUCAGAUCCUACCUCCAGAUUCUGUCCUCCUCAAGCCACAGGCAGACACUAGCAGGUCUGUUCAAGAACUGGAGUCCUUUAGCCCUCCUGUUGUUCCUGGUUUUGGGUAGGCCUGGGAUGAAGUUCAGCCUAGUGCCCUGUAAGUAAAUCUGAAGUCCCUCCCAGAAAUACAGUGAAUCAUCUUGUGCUAACUCUAUAGUACCAGGAUGGUUGAAGUAUACUUGGA